GACGAGCCGAGCAUACACCACAUAAAGCGAGAUCCGUCGCAGCAAAUACUGUGCUUAGCUAGCGAUGGCCUGUGGGACUAUCUGGCCAACGAGGAAGUGGCCGAUAUGAUCUUAAAUUCUCUGUCGCUCGGUCAUGACUGUAACAUGAUCGCUGCCAGGCUGUCGCACUGUGUACAGGCCUUGGGUGGUGCAGAUGAUCUGUCGAUUAUGGUGGUGAAUCUGAAGGAAGCCCAACUGGAAUAAACCCACUAGAAAACGGAUACAACACCUGUGGAGUAAACUUGGUUUAUUUGAGCGGGGCAAUCCAAUGUCGGCGUGUAUGUUGACUACCGAUCCAGAAGACAACUUAAGAGACAACCCCUGUAGAAUAAACUUAGUUUUGUAUUGUCUACCGAUUCAGAAUAC